CUGGGCGCAGUGGCUCAUGCCUGUAAUCCCAGCACUAUGGGAAGCUGAGGGCGGCAGCGAUGACUCUCCGCACGGUAUUACUGUCAUUGCAAGCGCUGUUGGCAGCUGCAGAACCAGACGACCCCCAAGAUGCAGUAGUUGCAAAUCAGUACAAACAAAAUCCUGAAAUGUUCAAACAGACAGCUCGACUUUGGGCACACGUGUAUGCUGGAGCACCAGUUUCUAGUCCAGAGUACACCAAAAAAAUAGAAAACCUCUGUGCUAUGGGCUUCGAUAGGAAUGCAGUAAUAGUGGCCUUGUCUUCAAAAUCAUGGGAUGUAGAGACUGCAACAGAACUGCUUCUGAGUAACUGAGGCCGAGAGCUGCCGCUGGUCACGCUCGCCUCUCCUGAGGAGCACCGACAUCUGUUAUUUGUAGGAUUCUGCAUAGAUUUCUUUUAAACUGGCAUUCUUGCCUAAUGAUGUUAUCUAGGCACCAUUGGAGACUGAAAAAAAAUCCCUGCUCUGUAAAUAAAGCUAAUUAAACGUCUGUGUAAAUUUAAAAAGGGGAAAUACUUUAAUUUUUUUCUUACUUAAUAGUGUAAAAAUUCUUUGAGCUAAGCUAAAACCAUGGAAAAAACAUGCUACUUUAGUGUUUAGCAGUGUACCAAGACUAGCAAGAGUUUGCUUCAGGAUUUUGUUGAAUAAUUAAGAUAAUAUUUUGCGUGUGUCAGGGCCAUUCAGAUUGUUGGUGUUGCAUCACAGCUACCUUAACUGUUUCUCACAUGGAUCCUCUGUGCCUGUGAACUUAACCUGCAUGCUUGUACUUGACUUCUAGGAUGGGUAGCUGAAGAGACCACCAUUUUAAGCACUUGACAAUUCUUAAAUAUGAGAUUUAUCCAGAAUUGAAGAUGGUGACCUAUUCAGAGCCUUUCUGUCCUGCCAAUAGACCGACACCGUAUCUGUUUCCCCCUCACCACACAGCUGAUUCUCUACUGGCGAAUUUCUCUGUAUUUGCUGGGGAAAUGUACUGAGGGAUGGUAUCUCGCUCCAUUUUUAGGUCGUAGGUUUGGAAUGUUUGCCACUGUUCUUCAGAUUCUCUUAAAGUUUUCCAUGUAAGGGAGUAAUAACGUAAAGAUGGAGCUGCCAAUUUUAUUCUUCUUGGAAAAACAGUAUUCCCAGAUUUAAUGAAAAAACCCAAGUUAGUUUUUUGGUGAAUUCGACAUUGAUUUAUAACAUGAUGAAAUUUUUCUUUGAGAACUGGCAAGGAUGCGGUCAGCUGUUUCCAGGAGUUGUUAGCCUCCCUUUGGGCUUGAUAGAGAUUGCUUUAUUGGAUACUUGAAAAGUCACUCUUGCUUGCACUCCCCUGUAGUGACCCAUGAAAGCUGUGUUGGUGUUUCACUGUACAUACUUCAGAUGCACAUAGGAAUAGAAGAAGUGUGUUAUAAAUCUAGCUUUCUUUAUGAUGUUUCUGAUAAUAUGAGAAUUGAAAACUUUACCUUCUCUUGUACAUAGUCAGACUUUCUAUUUGUAUUAAAGUUACAUUUCAUUCUAAGUUCAAAAGUUUGAAGGUUAUUAGUUUUACAGGAUCAAACACUAAUGUGACCACUUUCUGAAGAUUGAAGUGGAUUGAUGCAGGCAGUUCUAUACAGAGAAAUGCAAUUCUUUUUAAAUUUUCAGGACCAAUGCAAAAGAACACAAAUGUAAUGGAAUCACACUGAAUUAAAGCAAGGUUGUAUAUUGAAAGUCAUAGUAUAUAAGAUUUGCUUUCUUUAAAUGUUAUUUAUCUUAAAUUAUAAUUGUUAAGUGUUUGGAAAAUAAUUUUUGAGUCAUAAAGUCAGCAUAACUUCAUUUGACUUCUUAAUAAUCUUGAAACUAGAAGCAAUAAAAGAACCGUUAUUAAAUAUAUUGUAAUGUUAAAGAUGUGAAGGUUCUUCCAAAAAUUCCUAAGGCUUUUUCCUAACUAAUAGUAAACUCUUGUAGUUGAUAUUAUUGCAUUCUAAACACAAGUUGCUGUGUUUUUUUCCCCCAUAUGUUUGCUUAAACUUGUCUUUAUACAGUCACUUUCUUUUAUUGCUGUAGUUAUUUUCUAAAGAUGCCAAAGGAAACAAGAUUUUUCUUUAUUUAUUUUAAAUAUCUGAACCUUGUACUUUUCUUUAUAUUUUGAAGUAAGGUGGGAUUGUGUGAAAAUGCAGACAGUUUUUCUCUAUUGUUAGAAUUAAUUUUUUUGUAAUGAAUGGUGGUUUGAUAACAUUGGUAAUCUUUGGAUUUUUAAAAAUAUCAUAUACAUAGACCCAGUUUAUUUUUUGCCUAUAUUAUCAGGGUAUAUAUAAUUGUCCUGUGGUUAGAAAAAGGCAAGCGGGAGCUCAGAGCUUAUAAAGGUCAAGCAUGACAUGUUGUGCUCUUGAAGGCAGCUGUGUUGUGCUUGAUGCGCAUGAGCCCUACGGGGUGUCUCCUCCUUUACUACUUGUCAGCAUUCCCGGUGCCCAGGAAACUGGAAAGUACAGUGUUUGGUGUCGACAGUCUCCACAGUAGAUUCUUUAUUACAAAAGUUUAUUUACCUCAUUUACAUUUAAUGUGAUCAUCUUUUUUCCCUUUCUGGUAUAUUUCCCUCUGUUCUCCUGUUUUUCACUUUUUCGCAGGUAGAUUUAGUUCCCAAACAUAGAACUAGUAAGGCAGCUGGUUGUCCCCCCCACCCCGUCUUAAGUAUGUAUAGAAAAAGGAUGCUAAAAAGUUCGGGCCUAGGGGAAAAGUACCCUGGUGGAAAUUAUUUUUUUAAUUCUUAAUGUUUUUGAGUUUGCUCAAUUUGUCAAUUUAAAAAACUCAAAAAUUAUGUUUAAAACAAUACAGUGAAGUCUCGUUUAGGGCAGGCAGAUGUGCUAGAAGUUACUGAUACUUCAGUAGGCUUUUAUUACAAUCAGGCCUGUUUCUUUAGUAUGUGCCUGACUUAAAAGAAGAAACAAUUAGCUGAAUAGGAUUUCAGUACAGUAUACUGAAUGAGUGAAUGAAUUGCAGUUAGUGGUUCAAAUAAGUACACACUUUGUAUAUAAAUAUUUGAGGAACCUUGGUACUAAAUUAGAUACUCUGAGUUGGCUCCCUGAAAUGUUUGGAAUUGUGACUAUGGUUUACUUUAACACGUAACACGUUCAAGGGAUAUGUAAAUGUUUUCAGUCUAAAUAACUUGCUUUUGAGGAGAGUAAAUCUAUGAAAUGGAAGUAAGACUAAUUUUUUUUCUUUUUUGGAAGUAUUUCACAUUUGUGAUUGUUGGUGGCACAUAUAACUAUGCAAAAUAAUUCUUUUGAAGUAUCUGUAAGAGAGAAUUGGCAAUUUCAAUGGAUUUUGCUUAUGUAUGCACUACAGAAUGCAGCAUGCUGUAUUACUGUUUUGGCUGCUUAAUAAGUUUACCAAUGUGAAAAGCAGAUCUUGGCUAUAAGUCUAUGCCUGAUUUGAGCUUUUAAAACUCUGCAGUAGGAGUAUGAUAAUAUUUUUACAAUCCUAUGUAGCAAAAUAGGACAUUAAGAAUUUUUGUUGUUGUUGUUUUAAAGAUUUAAGAUGGAUUGGUGCAGGGACGAGCUGGAGCCAGGCAUACCUUCUUGUACAUAAAUGGAAACAACGUUUAGGUUUGAAGAAGAAAGCCGUCUGUUUACAGUUACCUUUAUUUCAUGGACUUUUACAAAAUGAUGUUGUAUUAAUCACUUUUUCUAGUUCAAGGAAUUUCAAUUCCAGGGUACAAACCAUUGAUUCAAAAAUUUGCAUUUCCAUUAUUUUAGUACUAGUUUCAAGUAAAUGCGUACCAUCGGCCAGUUGCUGUCACUGGGAAGAAGGCACCUUGGAGUAUUUACUGGCCAACAGCCUUUCUCCCGAGGUGUGACUUUCCUUCCGUGUCUACUUAUGAUGUCACCUGCUCUAUUUGCACUGUUGCAAUAUAGAUGAGAAAUCUCAUGGCAUUGGGGAAGGGGGGUGCUAGGCAUCCUCGCCCCAGUUGUUCUGUCGCUGCUUUACUGGACAGAUCAACGCUCAUAACCCUGCGGCCAUCACCUAAACGCAAGUUGUGAAUGUGUCGCCUUGUGCUGGUUCUCUCAGCCAUGCUGCUAUACGUAAUCAGGUGCGGCACAGUUUGUCAGUCAGUUCUAGGGGCGAGCGGAUGGGGCUCAUUACACUGUGCUGUUAACGAUCCUUGUCUGCUUGCUGUUACCCGCUUUUUACAGGCAUCAUAAUAAAAGCUAGACUGUUUCUUUGGGGGGAAAGAGACUUAUUUAAUGUAAUUUAAAAACUUUUCCAAUAGAAAAUGAAAUAUUAUUGAAAAUAAUAUCUAUUUUUUAGCUUUCAGCAAUUGAUGGUGCUUUGUUGUGGUGUCUGCUGGAAGUCUACUGCCAUCAUAGGGAACUUGCCUGUUAGCUUCUCUAGAUCUCUAUUCUAAACAAUCUGUUAGUGAUGAUAAAUUCUGUAGGAGGGUCUAUUCUGAGCCGUUAACUUCCUGUAAGGGGAAAAUGGGUGGGUUACCAGAAAUAGCAUUGAAGCUGGGUGGGCUGUGGGUGGAGGGCUGGGUAUUUGUCUUGAGAAUUAAAAACUACGAAACACUUUUGUACACAACUGAUUUUUUAAAAAAAAAUAAACACAUUUUUAAAGAUGUUGAAUUUUCCCCCCUUAUUGGGAAUUCUUAAAAAUAAAUGCAUGCAUGUUUUCCCCUGA